ACGGUGCAGCGUUUAGCCAAAUUAAACCCUAAAGAAGUAGAUCCAGAGUCUUUUUUACUAGGAACAACCAAAUUGUCGCCGAUUAUUAUAUUACCCACUGUUUUGGGCACUGGGGCACUGCCCAAAAUUCCUCGGUUAACCUGUCUGGUAUAUUUUUUCUGUAACUAAGUUGCAGUGUAUUAUGAAUAUUAAUUUGGUGUGAAAAAUUCUUCAGACAGACUUUGUGCAUAGUUAGUGCGGGUAUUUAAUAGUUAUUUAUACUAAGAUUAUUGGAAACAUUUAGUUUCUUAUUUUUUGGAGAUUUAUUUAUGCAAAUAAGUGAUAAUGGCUGGCGGUUUCGUCAAGGGCGAGAUAAAGUUGGACACGAAGCCGGUAUAUUACUCCGGCCAGGUCGUAUCAGGAUCCUUAGUAUUUACUCUGGAUAACCCAAUAUCUUUUUCUGUAAUCUACAUACAAUUCCUUGGAGAGGCCACAGUGUCUUGGACUGAAAGUGAAAUAGAAACUGUAAAUGGUGUCCAGAAUCAUAGAAUUAUUAACUAUUUUGGUCGGGAGGAAUACUUCAACCAAAGAGUUACACUGGCUGGUGGGACAGGUGUUUCCCAACUGCCCGCUGGUCCCCAAUCCUACACCUUCUCAUACCAGCUACCGUUCAAUGCCCCUUCCUCCUUGAAACGAGAACAGGGUAAAAUAGUAUACUCCAUGAAAGCACACUUGGUACAUGCCGACCCGUCAAUACUGGUUGAUGAGUUGGUAAAGGAAUUCGAAAUUGUAGCGCCUUUUGAUCUGAAUUUGGGAAGUACUUUAAUUAAACAACCUACACAAGUGGAAUUUGAAGAAGUGUAUGGCUGCGACUGUUUCUGCAGUUCCAACCCUGUUACGAUACACGUGAAACUGCCUGUAUCUGGUUACUGCCCUGGGCAGGUCAUACCUGUCUCCAUCGAGGUUACCAACCAAAGCAGUGUCGAAAUCACUAAGAUGAUAUUCCAAAUUGUGUCGAAAGAGUUAUACCGCAGUCACCAGCCCCCGUCUGAGUACAUACUACCUGAGACAGUGCUGACCACCACAAAGAAAGGUCCCGUGAUGGCGCGGAGCAAGCGGAACCUGACCUGUGAGCUUAUGGUGCCUGAGAUUAUACCGCCCUACCUCGAGAACUGCGGUAUCAUUGAUGUCGGGUAUUUCUUCCGGGUAACGAUAAAACUAUCUGGAUGUAACGACGAACUGCAAGAUGAAGCUGAGAUUUGUCUCGGAUUGGUGCCUUUGAGAGAAUUUACUGAAGAGUAUGUGCAUCCAUUGGCGGACAGUUUGCCAACAGGACCUAUUCCAGACGCCAGCCAGGCACCGCCGCAUCUCCUGCUGCCUCCUGUCACCAAUGCUGUGAGGGCUCAAUCCAACUCUAGCCUGAAUAGAGUGCAGUACGCCCCUCCGCAACAAAACCCCUACCAAAAUCCUCCUCCCUAUCCUGGACUAAACAGCAGCUACCCUGGACAGAGACCGGUGUCUUCGACUUCAAUGGAAAUGAAACCUAAACUUGAAAUAGGGUUCAAUGUACCGGCCGAUGUUAAUACAGGGUAUCCGGGUGCUGGGUCGAGUUACCCGGGUGCUGGGUCAGGGUAUCCUGGUACACGGCCGGGUUACCCCCAACCCAACCCCCAGGGUCGAGGUAAUCCUCCAUCCUAUGAGGCUAGUCUACAAUUUCCUCACCCACCAAGCAGUAUGCCUGGUCCAUCCUACUCUCAAGGAGGAUUUGCGCCUUCAGCCCCACCGCCUUCCUCGUAAAUACUAUAAUGAAACAUUAUUUUUUACUUUAUUCGUAUUGUUGGAAGGAAUGACAAGUUUGUUAUUACUAUUGUAUUGCUGUUGGUAUUUAAUUUAUACUCGAAUGGAAUUUUUAAAUGAUCCGGUGGACGUACUUUUUCCUUGUAUGCCUGGCCUUAUUAUGUUCUCAAUGGAGGCAAAGUUUUUCAGGAAGAUUUAUUUAUUACAAUUAUAAUUUAACUACGAUGAUUAGUUAUUUUUACAAAAUGAAAUACAAUGCUAGGUAAACGAUAGCUUUUUAUAUGAAAAUAUUGCAUUUGUAAUACAAUAUGAUUGUAUAUAAUUUUAUUUAGUCAUAAGAGCAUUUAUUAUACUAUUGACUAUUGUCUUAUAUUCGACUUAAUUGUUAUAAUCAUGGCCUUAAGAAUCUUUAAAUUGAUAUUAAAUAUAUGUAAAAUUAAAUAAUCUCGCUUAAAUGGAACUUAGUGCAUUGAAAUCUCAACUUUAUUUCAUAAGUCAUUAAAGUGUAUUUCACAACGACCUGACAUUUGGUUUAGAGGCUUGUACUGCAAAAAGAAUUGUUACUACUAAGAACAUAAAGUUGAAAUUGCACUGAGACUAAUGUACGUAAAUUGUACUUAAACAAUAUUUUGACUAUAUACUCUGAACAUUAUAAAGUUACUUAAUGAUGUGCCUCUAAUUAAAAGACAAUACUGAAAUGCCAUAAUAAUUAUAUACUACAUUUAGGCAUAAGGAUAUAAUAUGUAUAGAUAUCGCCUUAUAAUUCUUGACUUAUACAUAAUAAUUAUUAUAUGAUAUACUGUAGAGAUAUUAAUUGGAAUAAUAUUAUUUUAUUGUUAUAAAAUUAUUAUUAAUAAGGUGCUAUAAGCUUCUUUACUGUUGGUACAUUAAAAGUACAAUUUUUAUAAUUAUUUUUUUAUUAGGUGCUAACAUUUAUACUAUUACAAUAAGCUACACAUACGCCCUCUGUCGUACCUCGUCCCGCUCUUUCUUUCUUCCUAUCUUCUCUUCUUAAUUUUUGUUGUUAUUGUAGCAAACACUCAUUAAUUAUUAAAUGGUCUUAAACGUACAUCGUAAAUGCAUUGUAAUAUGAACUUUACUCUUAAUCAAUUAAAGUUGUUAAUUCUAAAUUUAUCUUGAUUGGUUGGUAAUAUUUUUUUAAAUUUUAUUUUUUAUACUCUAUUCUUUGUUGGACAUGGUGCUUACAGUGAAGUUAAGUUGUUCUAGUCUUAUAGUAAGGUAAAGAGUGUGAAAUCAUCUGAGGAGUGUGGAAAUAUUUAUGAAAUAGGGGCCUUAGUACGAGUACGGCCUUAGUACCGAAACGAGACCGCGUUCAGCGCUGUGAUUGGCAGAUUCCUAUAAACCAACCGAUCACAGCGCCGAACGCGCUCUCGUUUCGGUUUCGUUAAACGUAAAGCAAACUCAUACUAAGGACCCUGGUUGUUGAAAGUUCUUUGAAAGAAUAUGUGUGCCUUUUUAAGUGACUGGUGACUUUUUAAGAUAAAAGAUUUAAAGCACGUGUGCUAAUUAACUCCUAACAUAAUUGCGUAGGUCAGGUCAAAUAAAAGCCUUUUUAAAAUAUUUGUCUCGAAUACAUGAAUACCCACUUUUGGUUACUUACAAAGUCACUGUGUUACACGUUUAGCAACAUAUAAUUUCAAAAUGAUUUGAGAAUGUUAUUAUUUGCACAAAUGUAUGAUUGGUACUGGAGUUUGGUGAUAAUAGAGCACAAAAUGCAGAUUAAAAGUUAGCAGGGAGUCUGCGCGUAUUGGCAGUGUGUCAUGCGACCUUAAUACGCAAUUAUUUAAUUACUGAAGCGCGAAACGUCUGGCGUUUAAUCUUACAAAGGAAGACUCAUAAAAGCGGGUUGCCUGAGUACUUCACAAUUGUUUUUAUACAGUGAAACCUCGUUAAGUGAGACAUCAA